AUGGCAAGUGCAAAGGUUAAGCAAGAGAGAGACGGCCCAAUAACGGUUAAGAUCCAAAUUGACCGCGGCGGACAAACUGGGCAGCAGUCUCGAAGUUUCACGAUCCACAUGGACGACCCAUUGAGGCGUAUAAUGCUAGAUUUCUGUGAUUUUUUCAACCUCAUUUAUCCCCUCCUCCGUUACACCUUUGACGGGUUGCGCAUUCGCGAGUCGCACACGGCCCGUGAUUUGGGGAUUGAGGAUGGGGAUGUUAUUGAUGUUUUUUCAGAGGCUACUGGGGGGUAUAUGCUAAAAAAAUAA